UUGGUCGUCUUCUUUAACAAAAUUGUUUUUUUCAGUCUCUUAUUUGGGUAAAUAUUUAAGAAAAUAUCAACGUAAGAUAACCCAAAAGGGGAGGAGGGUUUUUGCUGUCUCACUACAAAAGGAAGUAAAGCUUUCCAUAAUUGAGCAAAAACUGGGGGUCUUUCACUUUUCUUGCCCCUCUCUCUCUCUGUCUCUCUCGUUCUCGUUAGGUGGCUUGGCUUUUGGCUUCUGUGAUGAGAUCUAAACUAAGCUAGGCUAGGCUACUCUACCUAGGCCUCUUUGGACAAAAGGGGGGUGUGUGUGUGAGAGAGAGAGAAUAUGGCAAGACAGAAAAUAAAGAUAAAGAAGAUAGACAAUAUAACAGCAAGGCAGGUGACAUUCUCUAAGAGAAGAAGAGGGCUUUUCAAGAAGGCUGAAGAGCUUUCAGUUCUUUGUGAUGCUGAGGUUGCUCUCAUUGUUUUCUCUGCUACUGGAAAGCUCUUCGACUUUGCAAGCUCAAGCAUGAAGCAUAUGCUAUCAAGAUAUAACCUGCACACCGAUAACCUCAACAAACUAGACCGCCCUUCCCUUGAAUUGCAGCUGGAAAAUACCAAUCAUGUCAGAUUGAAAAAAGAUCUUGCUGAAAAAAGCCAUGAACUAAGGCAGAUGAGAGGGGAGGAUCUGCAAGGAUUGAAAAUAGAAGAGCUGCAGCAGCUGGAGAAAGUUCUCGAAGCAGGACUUAGUCGUGUUCUCCAGACUAAGGGUGAAAGAAUUUUUAAUGAGAUUUCUGCUCUUGAAAAUAAGGGAGCUCAAUUGAUGGAGGAGAAUGAGCUAUUGAAACAGGAAAUGGAAAUGCAGUGCAAGGGAAAGAAAGUUGUCGUUACAGAUUCGGAUGCAGCAGUUCAAGAAGAAGGCUUGUCGUCGGAUCAGUCGGCAAACAAUGUCUGUAGCUGCAGCAGUGGCCCUCCUCCUGAAGACGACGGCUCCGACACUUCUCUCAAAUUAGGGCUCUCCCUUCUCUAGUGAGGCAGAACCUUCUGAGGACUAUUAAGGGCCAUGCACAGGCAUACUCAAGACAUAUAUAUCUGACUAUAUAUGAAUGUCUGUUAGGGUUGAAACGAUGAAAAUGCAGAACGCUAUUAACAGUACACAACCUUAUCAUGGAUGUUUCCGUAUUUUUUGGAAAGCCAUAUCUGAUUAGAGCUCUGUCUCCUACUUGGGCGGUAUGUAAUUGUAAUUAUUACGUAUAAUGUUCCGUCACAUGUGUUUUAUGUAUAGUAUGUCUUCUUUUCACAAUUGAG